GCUUGUUUUGCGGAGUCUCCGCUGCCUCUCACGGAGCCACACGCUUAACGCGGACUCGGACCGACUUUGGAUUUGUGCUUCUUUUUUUCCCGGGGAGUUAUUCGGAGGAAAAAAAAUCCUGGAGGGACAAAACAAGGAGUAAAGAGCCGGAAAACAGAGCUUAAAGUCGGCUUGUGUCGGAGGAAUGGCGGACCGGGACCCGGUGCCGCUUCCUGCAGAGGUUCGGGCCAAACUGGCCGAGCUGGAGCUGGAGUUAUCGGAGGGUGACAUCACACAGAAGGGCUAUGAAAAGAAGCGAUCCAAGCUGAUUGGAGCCUAUUUCCCCCAAACUCCAGGAAUGGAUCCCUCCAUGGGCCAGGAGAGGAGAACACCGGUCACCCCCUCCUCGUCGUCCCGCUACAACCGCCGGCGGUCGUCGGGCUCCAGAGAUGAACGCUACAGAUCAGAUGUGCACACAGAGGCCGUGCAGGCGGCCCUGGCGAAGCAUAAGGAAAGGAAAAUGGCCGUGCCGAUGCCUUCUAAGCGCCGAUCGCUGGUGGUCCAGACCUCCAUGGACGCCUACACACCACCAGACACUUCCUCUGGAUCGGAGGGCGAAGGUCAGGGCAACGGCGACGAAGACGUAGGAGACGGAGAGGAAGAGGACGGCGGAGGAGGCGGAGGAACGUCGUCCAGCAGGGAGGGGAGCAUCAGCAUGGAGCACUGGAUCAGCCGGGCGGUUCACUCCUCCACCACCACCACCUCCUCCACCGCCUCCUCCUCCUCCUCCACCCGCAGCGGGGGCAGCGGGGCGGCCGCGGGCCGGCUGGCCGACGUCCUGGCCCAACACGUCCACAUCUCCGCCCAGCAACACCUCCGCCACCACCGCCAUCAUCACCGCCACAAGACAGGCCUUUUAAGCCACCUCUCCUUGAGGAAGAGGAGGAGGAAGGCAGAGCCAGCUGGUUUGGUACAGAACGGAAACUCUGAGCCUCAGCGCUCCGAAAACCACUCUGCACCCCCAGAUGUGACCGGCUACACCAACAACACGGCCAACACCACCGCAGACGGGAUCCAGGUGGAGCGGGCCCCACCUGGCGGCGGCGGCUCCGCGGCCCAGAGGCAGACGCCCAAAUAUGGAAACGCCGAGCUGAUGGAGACCGGAGACGGCGUUCCAGUCAGCAGCAGAGUUUCAGCCAAGAUCCAACAGCUGGUCAACACGCUGAAGAGACCCAAACGGCCGCCGCUGAGGGAGUUCUUCGUCGAUGACUUUGAGGAGCUUCUGGAGGUCCAGCAGCCAGACCCCAACCUUCCCAAAGCCGAGGGAGCGCAGAUGGCGGCCAUGCGUGGCGAGCAGCUGGGCGUGGUGACCAACUGGCCGCCGUCUCUGGAGGCGGCGCUGCAGCGGUGGGGCACCAUCUCCCCGAAGGCGCCGUGUCUGACCACCAUGGACACCAACGGCAAGCCGCUCUACGUUCUCACCUACGGUAAACUGUGGUCCAGAAGUGUGAAGGUGGCGUACAACAUGCUGCACAAACUGGGAACCAAACAGGAACCGCUGGUCCGGCCUGGAGACCGGGUGGCGCUGGUCUUCCCCAACAACGACCCCAGCGCCUUCAUGACGGCUUUUUACGGCUGUUUGCUGGCGGAGGUCGUCCCCGUGCCGAUAGAGGUACCGCUGACCAGGAAGGACGCCGGCAGUCAGCAGAUCGGCUUCCUGUUGGGGAGCUGCGGCGUUACCGUGGCGCUGACCAGCGACGCCUGCCAUAAGGGAUUACCCAAAACCCCCACCGGAGAGAUCCCGCAGUUCAAAGGUUGGCCCAAGGUUCUGUGGUUCGUCCCGGAGUCCAAACACCUGUCCAAGCCGCCCAGAGAUUGGUUCCCCCAGAUUAAAGACGCCAACCAGGACACCGCCUACAUCGAGUACAAGACGUGUAAGGACGGCGGCGUCCUCGGUGUCACGGUAACGAGGACAGCCAUGCUCACCCACUGCCAGGCCCUCACACAGUCCUGCUCCUACACAGAAGCGGAAACCAUAGUGAAUGUGUUGGACUUCAAGAAGGACGUGGGUCUCUGGCACGCUGUCCUGACUAGUGUGAUGAACAUGAUGCACGUCAUCAGUAUCCCCUACGCCCUGAUGAAGGUCAACCCGUUAUCCUGGAUCCAGAAAGUCUGUCAGUUCAAAGCGAAGGUGGCCUAUGUGAAAUCGCGGGACAUGCACUGGGCCCUGGUGGCCCACCGGGACCAGCGCGACGUCAACCUCAGCUCCCUGCGGAUGCUGGUGGUGGCCGACGGUUCGAAUCCCUGGUCGAUUUCGUCCUGCGAUGCGUUCCUCAACGUCUUCCAGACCAAAGGUCUGAGGCCAGAGGUCGUCUGUCCCUGCGCCAGCUCCCCAGAGGCGCUGACCGUCGCCAUCCGCAGGCCGCUGGAGGAGGGCGCGACCCCGCCGAGCCGCGGCGUUCUGUCCAUGCCUGGUCUGAGUCACGGGGUGAUCCGGGUCGAUUCGGAGGAGAAGCUGUCCGUUCUCACUCUCCAGGAUGUUGGUUCUGUGAUGCCCGGAGCUUUGAUGUGCGUUGUGAAAGUCGAAGGCGUUCCUCAGCUCUGCAAAACCGACGAGAUCGGAGAGAUGUGUGUUUGUACCGUCGCCACGGGAACCUCCUAUUACGGUUUGGCCGGGAUGACAAAGAACACCUUCGAGGUCUUCCCUGUGUCCAACAACGGGACGCCCAUCAGCGAGUUCCCGUUCACCAGAACCGGCCUGCUGGGCUUCAUCGGACCUGCCGGCCUCAUCUUUGUCGCAGGGAAGAUGGACGGCCUGAUGGUGGUUGGAGGACGGCGCCACAACGCCGACGACAUCGUCGCCACGGCGCUGGCGGUGGAGCCCAUGAAGUUUGUCUACAGAGGCAGGAUAGCGGUGUUUUCCAUCACCGUGCUCCAUGAUGAGAGGAUCGUGGUUGUAGCUGAGCAGCGACCGGAUUCUACAGAGGAAGACAGCUUCCAGUGGAUGAGCAGAGUGCUGCAGGCGAUAGACAGCAUCCACCAGGUGGGGGUUUACUGCCUGGCCCUGGUUUCCUCCAACACGCUGCCGAAGACGCCUCUGGGCGGCAUCCACCUGUCUGAGGCCAAGCAGCUCUUCCUGGAGGGGGCGCUGCAUCCCUGCAACGUGCUGAUGUGUCCGCACACCUGCGUCACCAACCUGCCCAAACCGCGGCAGAAGCAACCAGAGAUCGGUCCUGCAUCUGUGAUGGUCGGGAAUCUGGUGUCAGGGAAGCGGAUCGCUCAGGCCAGCGGCCGGGAUCUGGGUCAGAUCGAAGACAAUGACCAGGCAAGGAAGUUCCUCUUCCUGUCUGAGGUGUUGCAGUGGAGAGCGCAAACGACUCCGGACCACAUCCUGUACACUCUGCUCAACUCCAGGGGGGCGAUAGCCAGCUCACUGACUUGUGUUCAGCUGCACAAGAGAGCGGAGAAGAUCGCUGCCGUUCUGUCAGAACGGGGCCACCUGCAGGACGGAGACCACGUCGCACUCGUUUACCCUCCAGGUAUCGACCUGAUUGCUGCGUUUUACGGAUGCCUUUACGCCGGCUGCGUCCCGAUCACGGUGCGGCCUCCUCACCCGCAGAACAUCGCCACCACGCUGCCCACGGUCAAGAUGAUCGUGGAGGUGAGCCGCUCGGUGUGUGUGAUGACCACGCAGCUCAUCUGCAAGCUGCUGAGGUCCAAAGAGGCGCUGGCGGCCGUGGACAUCCGAACAUGGCCGCCCGUCAUAGAUACAGAUGAUUUGCCAAAGAAGAAGCCUCCCCUGCUGUACAAACCGUCCAACCCCGACACGCUGGCCUACCUGGACUUCAGCGUCUCCACCACCGGCAUGCUAGCUGGAGUCAAAAUGUCCCACACCGCCACCAGUGCCUUCUGCCGCUCCAUCAAGCUGCAGUGUGAGCUCUACCCGUCCAGAGAGGUCGCCAUCUGCCUCGACCCGUACUGCGGCCUGGGCUUCGUCCUCUGGUGCCUUUGCAGCGUGUACUCAGGUCACCAGUCCAUCCUCAUCCCUCCGUCCGAGCUGGAGGUGAAUCCGGCUCUCUGGUUGUCGGCCGUCAGUCAGUACAAAGUCCGGGACACGUUCUGCUCCUACAGCGUCAUGGAGCUGUGCACCAAAGGCCUGGGCCUGCAGACCGACUCCCUCAAGUCCAGAGGAGUCGACCUGUCCCGGGUCAGAACCUGCGUGGUGGUAGCGGAGGAGAGGCCCAGAAUCGCCCUGACCCAGUCCUUCUCCAAACUCUUCAAAGACCUGGGACUCCACCCGCGCGCCGUCAGCACCUCGUUCGGCUGCAGGGUCAACCUGGCCAUCUGCCUGCAGCCUCACAGGCUGGGAAAGCUGGCCGACCAGGGAACAUCAGGACCCGACCCCACCACUGUGUUCGUAGAUAUGAGAGCGUUACGACACGACAGGGUCAGGUUAGUGGAGCGGGGUUCGCCACACAGUUUACCACUGAUGGAGUCUGGGAAGAUCCUGCCUGGAGUUCGGAUCAUCAUCGCCAACCCGGAGACCAAAGGGCCGAUGGGGGAGUCGCACCUGGGAGAGAUUUGGGUGCACAGCGGCCACAACGCCAGCGGUUACUUCACCGUCUACGGAGACGAAGUUCUGCAGUCGGACCAUUUCAGCUCCAGGCUCAGCUUCGGCGACACUCAGACGGUUUGGGCCCGGACCGGAUACCUGGGCUUCCUGCGGCGGACCGAGCUCACCGACGCCAGCGGAGAGCGGCAUGACGCUCUGUAUGUGGUCGGCGCUCUGGAGGAAGCCAUGGAGCUGAGGGGGAUGCGCUACCACCCCAUCGACAUCGAGACCUCCGUCAUCCGGACGCACAAGAGCAUCACAGAGUGCGCGGUGUUCACGUGGACCAACCUGCUGGUGGUGGUGGUGGAGCUGGACGGCUCGGAGCACGAGGCUCUGGACCUGGUUCCACUGGUCACCAACGUGGUUCUGGAGGAGCACUACCUGAUCGUCGGCGUUGUCGUGGUCGUCGACAUCGGCGUCAUUCCCAUCAACUCCCGCGGCGAAAAGCAGCGCAUGCACCUUCGCGACGGCUUCCUGGCCGACCAGCUCGACCCCAUCUACGUGGCCUACAACAUGUAGCGCCCCCUGGUGGAGGGAGGGAGGAACAGACUUGAAAACUGAGGGAAACAAACUGAAGUUAGCCCUGCGCUUCGUCUUGCAGGCACUUUUAGUUUCCUCGGAAAAGGGAAGCUGGUUUCUGGCUUCUGCAGCAACAUCUGGCGCUCUGUUAUUUUUAAAUGUCAGAAAGGUCCUGGCUUAUUUUUUUGAAAAUGAUAUUUACACACAAAAAAACCCUGAAAUAUUUUGUGUUUUUACAGCCAUUAAAGUGUGGGGUAUGUUUUGAUAUGAGGGCGGGGGGUAAAGGGUUUACCAGGAGGUACGUUCAUUUCACCUAGGAUUUUAAUUUUUUUUAACCGACCAGCCAGUCCGUUUCACCAGGUGCUCAAAUCCACACAGGCGCAGCCUUUAACUCCGGUUACUAUCCGCAAACAGCUCGUAUCGUGUAAGUAUGUACAAAAAGAAACCGAUUUAAUUUAUUUUCUCUUUUAGAAGUCUAUGAUUCAAGUUUUUGCUCUUGAAUAUUUGCUAAUAUAAAAAUAAAUUGUAUUAUCUCGAGUGACGCAGACUUAAGCAUAUUAUAAUAAAAAAAACACAAAUAUAUGAUGAUAGAUUAUAUUGCAGAUGAAGGUUAAUAUCUCAGAGGAAAGCAGGUUGAUUUGCGAUGCUGCAGUUCAGUCUGAAAUGUAUCCAGUUUCCAAAAGGAAAGUCCAAAUUUUCAACUUACUGACUUUAAGAGCUUGUUAAAUCCUCUAAAUCUUAUUAAUUGCACUUUUGGGUUCAAAAUCAAGUUUUUGGAAAUGAAACAGAACUACAUCUUUAAAUCUAAAGCGAUAGGAUGAGGGGAAAAUCAGAUUUGAGGCAAAAAGUUUCCCCUAAACACAAACUAACGUUUCUGAUCAAUGCCGUUGCUGCCCUCUUGUGGUGACCAGCAGUAUUACACGCAGUCUUUUUCUUAAAUAACCAUCUAAACCUUCUAAUGAAUUAAUCUUGCAUUCAGCAGCACGAUUUUAUAGAAAAUCAAUAAUUUAGGUUUACUUAUUGUUUUUUUUAUCCUCCGGAAAUAUUUUAUUUAUUUUGGUCCAAAACUUUUCUAGUAGAUAAUUUCCACUGCAGAUUCAGAUUCACUUUAUUUUGGUAAAUUAAAACAAAAAUACUUUACAAGCCAAUAAUUUAAUUAAUAAAUUGGCUAAUUUAGUACUUCCUGGCCAAAUCUGCCUCAGUAAGAUAAUCUGUGCUCUAAUAUUUCCCAUUUUGAAGAGUAGCUAAGACAUGAAUAGCUGCAGAUUAAUUCAUUUCAGAGUAAAACUUUCUCCAUUAAGACUGCUGAUAAUCCUAAGAAUUGUGAGCGAACUUGUUUAAUAAACUUUAAGUGGAGAUGUUUUUACUCACCUUGACUGGGAUGAAACUGGUCCCAGUUCAGACGGACCAGCAGCAGCGGAGUCGGCCUCGUUUCUGGAUCUCUAGCUGUAAAUACGGAACAGAGGAGCCGUCAUAUUUUUCCAUGCGGCGGUUCAAGACUCAAACAGUGAUGUCAUAAGUAGAAAUCAAAGCGUUUUAUCAGAGACCCUUUAACUCAUUAAAGAGCUACAGAGAAUGUUUCUUUAAAAAAAAAAACAAAGCACUUUCUUCACCUUUUCUCUUUAUUCAUUUCAGGAAAUGUACGUCAAGUUUUUUUUCUAAAGUUUCAAACGUUGUGUUGAUGUCAUGUCUUUCAUUUAAAUAAACAUUUCAACAAUUUUGACACAAA